CCAACCAGCCAACCGAACCGAACGGCCAACAGAACCCCCAGUUGGUACCACACCAGCAGCCACACCAGCCGCAAAAUCAGCAGCAGCAGCAGCAGCAUCUUCUUGUAAAAUAUCUUUUGCCUUUUUACCCCAAAAGCAAGCCAACGAACAGUGGAUUAUUCCCAAUAAUUGUUAACAAUCGAAACGAAAAGUGAACAAAACACACGCAGAAAACACCGAUAAAGUGCGCGAAAUGUUGAGCAACGUGUAAAAGCCAACUAAAGGAUCUGAUAACUGUGCAAGGACUGCAAAACGAAACCAAAAGAUACAAACGCAAAGAUACAAACCGCAGUACCAGUGGCUAGUGCACACGUAGAAUCUCCGCAGAGUUCUAUACGAAAGAUUUGUUCAUUCGUGCUGUUACUUGAGUGAAAAAAGUUACAACCAUGACAAGAAGACGUUCGAGUCCGCUGGGACUCGAGGAGCUGGUGUCUCUGACGCUGGCCCUGCUGGCCAUAAUGCUGAUACCCACACAAGCCGCUCCACUGCAGGAAUACACGGAGAUCCAGCAGUACUCGGAGGGCUGCUACUACAACUAUGCGCAUUACAACGAGGGCGACCGCAUCAUGACCAAUGAGCCGUGUCUGAACUGCACCUGCCACAACCGCAUGCUGAUGUGCUACCUGCGCGUCUGCCCCUUCACCAAGCCCAUUGGCCACGACUGCAUCGUGGAGAAGCGGGAGGAUCAGUGCUGUCCCAUCAUCACCUGCCCAGAGGUUCCGGUCGAUGUACCCUACCACACCCCCGAGCCCGGCACUGAGCUGAGCAUCCCCGAGAAGUUCGGCUGCAGCAUCGAGGAGAAGUUCUACCCGGAGGGCGCCCAGGUGCCAUCGAACCCCAACAGGCCGUGCGAGCUGUGCUACUGCAUCAACAACCAGACCAAGUGCGUGAUGCAGGAGUGCACCCUCCAUGUGGACGGAUGCCUGCCCAUCUACAACAAGGGAUCGUGCUGCCCCGUGCGCUACAGUUGCGACCACGAGAACGAGCUGGACUUCAUCGAUACGUCCACCACGACGACGACGACUACAGAGCGUCCCACCACCGGUUUCAUCCUGCCCACGACCAUGAUGCCAACCGAGUCCACCGACUGCAUGUUCAAUGGGGACAUCUACGCCGAUGGUGCCUCGAUCAAGGGCAAGGAUGCUUGCGAGCACUGCUACUGCAUGCGAGGACACAUGGUUUGCGCCGUCCAGGAUUGCAAGAUGCCGAUGAUGGCAGCCAACGGCACGUCCUGCCGGGCCAUGCCAGCAGCCGAGGGCGAGUGCUGUCCCAACAACUACAUUUGCGAGGACGACAGUGCCACCACUGAGAUUGUGGAGAUCACCACGCCGGAGAUCUCAACGUCCGCUCCCGCCAAGGACAUCCACGGUGAGAUCCCCAAGGAGGAUGUGGAUCUCCAGGAGCACAUUGACGACGAAGAAAAGGACCAGGACAAGGAGACGGCCACCGAGAUUCCCACAGCGGAGGAGGGCAGCGGUGAAGUUGAAGAUGACGAGACCACCACAAGUGCCCCAGUUCGUGCCUCGGACGAAAAAGACAAACCCUUCACGCCCGAGAGCUCCACCGCCGGCAUUGCUUCCGACUCCAAAAUCGAUCUAUCAUCCACCUCGACUGAAGCAGCCACCGGCGCCUCAUCCACCGAAACCGCCACCGAAGCCAGCGGCGAAGUGGAGGACGAGGAUGACAUCAUUAAGAUUGUCACCACACCAGAGCCCGAGGGAAGCGGCGAAGAGGAUGUUUCGAAGCCCACGAAGACCGUCGAGCAGGAUAGCACCGAGGAGGAGGAGAUCAUCAAGGUCACCUCUCCAGCACCAGUCAAGGCCAGUCCCGAAGAAGAGAUCGUUAAGGUCACCACCUCUGCUCCUUCCGUUACCGAUGAAGAUGUUAAGCCCACUUCUGCCGAGGAAACGAGCGAUGAAACGGAAGAGGCCAAGCCCACACCUUCUGAGGAAGGCAGUGGCGAGGAGGACCAGACAAAGGCCACACCCACUGAGGAGGGAAGCGGCGAAGAGGAUGAAGUUAAGCCAACUUCUGCGGAAGACGCCGAGAAGGACGACUUCAAACCCACACCUGCUCCUGAGGAAGGCAUUAAGAAGGAAGACGCCAAGCCAACACCUGCUCCAGCAGGAGCUUCAGAAGAUGAGGACUCCAAGACAACACCAGAAGGAAGUGGUGAAGAUCAGGAAGCCAAGCCAACGCCAGCAGGUACAUUAGAAGAUGAGGAGGCCAAGCCAACACCAGCUCCAGCAGGAACCUCAGAAGAUGAGGAGGCUAAGCCCACGACAACUCCAGAAGGAAGUGGUGAAGAUGAUGAAGAUGUCAAGGCUACUCCUGCCCCAGCCGGAAGCUCUGAAGGUGAGGAAGAUGUCAAGGCCACUCCUGCCCCAGCCGGAAGCUCUGAAGAUGAGCAAGAUGUCAAGGCCACUCCUGUCCCAGCCGGAAGCUCUGAAGAUGAGGAGGCCAAGCCCACACCUGCAGUGGUGCAUAGGGACGACGUUGAAGCUGCUAAGCCCACUGAAUCCACGGAAGAGGCAAGCGGCGAAGGAGAAGAGGAGAUCAUCAAGGGAACCACGCCAUCGGAGGAUGAGGUUGCCAAGGCAACCACUCCCGCUCCUCAGGCCGAGGGUGAGGGUGAGAAGGACAUUAAUACUGUCACGGCUACACCGCCUGCCGAGCCCACAAGCAGUGAGGACGCUGAGGACAUUGCCAAGCCCACAACUCCGCCUGCUGAUGCCUCCGAAGAGGAAGAGGUUAGCAAAGCCACCACUCCAGCCGACAAAACAUCCGCCGAAGAAGAGGAGAUUGCUGGACCAACGACUCCAGCCGACAAAACAUCCGCCGAAGAGGAGGAGAUCGCCGGACCAACCACUCCAUCCGCGGACGUCAGUGUCAGCGCGGAGGAGGAGAUUGUCAAGACAACCACGCCCAAGUCCGAUAUUGCCGAUGAUUCAACCGAGUUGACAGCAGAACAGGACGAGGAGCCAGUCACGGAGACAGAAGAAGGCUCCACAGCUGGCACACCGAUCUCCUCAUCCACCGAAGGAGUCCAGGCUGCUUCCGAAAAGGAUGAGCCCUCCAUUGGAACAUCCACUAGCGCACCUGCGCGUGCUGGCGAAAAGGAUGAGGCUGCCACCACUCUGCCUACUCCUGAGGGCGAUGAGAAGGUUACCGAAGGUGAUCUCGAUGCAUCCACUGAAGUUCCUGCCGAAGAUGCCUUCAAGUCCGGCACAGCCAAGCCAGUUUCUGCCGAGAAGCCUGCUGAAGAGUCAUCCACGGAAACCGAGGAAGCCGAAAUCGAGGCAUCGACCAGCACACCACUCCAAAAGCAGGAUCAGCCGGAUGAGACCACAGACAAGGCUCAGGACGAAAAGGACGAAGACGAGACAAGCACCGAAGCAGUACCAGCUAAAUCCGACAUUGUACCACCAGUUCUCGACGUCCAGCCCUCGACAAGUCUCCCAGUGGAAGACGGAGAGGUCUCUACCGACAAGCCGUCAUCAGUCUACCUGCCGCCUGUCGGAGAGAAGGACUCCACCGAGAGCGCCGAAGAUGCAACAGAACCAGCCAUCAAAGAGGAGCCAUCGAAGCCAGAAGAGCCGGCGACCACUCCCCUGCCCGAAGAGCAGUCCAGCAGCGUCUCGCCCAGUGCCGAGCAGCCAACCACAGUGCCAGUUGUCAGCCGCGACGAUUUCGCGUCAGAGCAGACUACCGUUUCACCCAGUGCCGAUGAUCAGAGCUCCUCCGAAGCUCUGCCCGCCAUGGACCUGCCAGCUGUCAUUCCUGGAGAAGGUGACUGCUUGGUGGAGGGCAAGACCUAUGCCAACAACACCAUUGUGCCGGCCACCUCGGCCUGCGAUGUGUCCUGCAAGUGCAUCAGCAGCCUUGUGUCCUGCCAGCAAAUGGAGUGCAAGGAGCCCGAGAACCGCGACAAGUGCGUCCUUUCUUCCGAUCUUCUUGCUGGCUGCUGCCCAACUUACAUUUGCGAGGAGAGCGAUGAGGAGGACACCACUGCCAAGCCUAUUGACAGGAUCGAUGAGGAUGAGUCGGGUGCCAGCACCGAAGAAAUACCCAAGGAUGUCAUCAUGCCCACUGGCAUUACUGAGCAGCCACUUUCCCAUGUCAAGCCCGAUGAGGAGGUUGAGUCUUCCACACCCAAAGCGGUCGAGAAGCCAGCUGUUGUUUCCGACGAGGACAUGGCCAAGCCCACGACAGCCACAGCCGCUCCUGAAAUUGAGGAAGAGGAACACAAACAUAAACCCCUUGACAAAGAACCCGUGCCCAAGCCCACGGAUGAGGCUAAGAAGGAGCCAGAAGGAGAAGCUGAAACUGUCCCAGCCACAGAGCAGCCGACCACAGAUGAGGCCACCAAGAAGCCGUCCCAAGAAGAUGCUACAACUCCGCCUCAAUUUGCAGAUGAUAGCCAAAAGGAGACUGGAGAUGAAUCGUCCGCCACAACCACUGCUCCCAUCACGACAGAGGAAGAGAAACCAAUCGAUGAGAAGAAACCAGCUGAAGAAGAUAAGCCCAGUGAAGAAGAGAAACCCACUGAAGAGACCCCCAGUCUUGGACCAAAAGCGCCAGUUGCUGAUGGAGAUACCGAUUCCGAAGAAGGAACCCCGGCCACCCCCGCUUUACCCGAGGAAGACUCCUCCACAGAGUCCUCCACUGAAGUGCAUGCUCCGGAGCUCGACACGAAGCCAGAAGACGAGGAGUCGACGCCAUCUACUCAGUCACCAAAGACCGAAAAGACACCCGAGCCAUCCACCAGUGCAUCCGAUGAAGAGGAAAUCGAGGACUUGGACAAAUUCACAACAGUUGCUCCAUCGAAGGUAUCGGAUGAGAAGGAGCUAUCCACUUCUGCCGAAGAUAGUUCGGACGAUGAUGAUUCCGUUCCAGCCUCAACUGAGCGAUCGCCGAUCAAAGAAGACGCUGACGAAAAGGCACCACCUUUGCCCACCAAAGCACCAGCCACCAAGCCAGAGUCGACUACUGAGGCUGAAACCGACAAGGAACCUGCCAAGGAUGAUGUGGCUACCACUGAACCAAGCUCUGAGGGCGAGAAGGACACCUCUGAUGAGUCAUCGACCGCGUCCGUCUCUGACCAUGGAGUCGAGAGCGAGGCCACUACUACUCCAGUUCCUGCUGUUCCUGCUUCUGAUGAAGAUAAGACUCCAGACAGCACAGAAAAGACCCUGCUUGAAGCAGAGCCUGAAGACGAGACUGCCACGGCUGCUCCGUCAGUUGGAGACACUUCUGACGAAGAGGCGCCCGCCACUACUGAUGUUCCUUCGAAGGAUGACAGCGAACAGAAACCGUCUUCUGUUUCUGCUGAGAUCGAGCCUGAAUCUGAUCGUACCACUACUCCUGCUCCGGUUGAUGCCGCUAAGGAAGAGUCCGAUGAGCAAGCGACGACAACUCCCUCUUCUGACGAACGCAAGGACACAACAGCUGCUCCCUCUGAUGAAAAGACUCCCUCAAUUAGCGUUACUCCCGGGGCUGAGCACGAUGAGAAAUCAGAUGCAACUGCUGCUCCUGUUUCUGACGAAGAUCGCACUGAGAAACCCGUGGACGAAAAAGAACCACUUCCCGCAGGAGAAGAUGUAGAGAAGGAGUCCGACAUUGAAACCUCUACUGCCAGGCCCUCUGCUGCCACAUCCCCAUCGUCUGAAGAAGAAGCUGGAGACGAUAGUGCAUCAACAGACAAGACGCCAUCCCAGGAGGCAGAGGAGAAGCCCGAGGCUCCCACAACAUCUUCGGAGGAAGAGGACGAUACUGCUGCUGCUGCCACGACAACUCCAGCACCUUCUGCCGCCGAUAAGGUACCUGAUGUGCCAAAACUGCCCCAAGAAACCCCAGAGGAUGUUCUACCUUCAUCCACUGAGACAUCCACAGAGCAGGAGCGUGAAUCGACUGCUGCUCCAAGCCUGGACGAUAAGGAACCUGCUGUCACCUCGGCGCCAUCUGCUGAUAUUGAUUCGGAUAUCAGCACAAUUGGCCCCGUCUCUGAAGCGGAUGAGAAGCCAACCGAGGAAGAGAAACCAAUCGAGGAGCAGAAGCCAAAGGAGGACGAAAAACCAACUGAAGGAGAGAAGCCAACAGAGGAGGAGCAGUCUACUGAAGCACCAGCCAAGCUGCCAACUCCAGAAGAUAAGAUUGGAAGCCAGCCCGAAGAUAAAAUCUCUGCCACAACUGCCGCUCCUGAAGAAGGAUCCACGGAAGCCAGUGAUGAAAUCGUUCCAUCAACCGAUUCGCAGGCUGAUGAGGAGACCGAAGAUAAGCAGCCUUCAUCGACUGCCCAGACACCAGGAGAAAAGACUCCCGAAACAUCAACUGAUCUGCCAUCUGAAGAUGCUGAGACUGUCACCAUCGGUGCUCCCUCCGCUGAAGAAGAUGCUUCAGUCCCAUCCGACGAGAAGAAACCUUCCACAUCCGCAGAGGAUGAGGAAAGCACCGAAGCCACCAUUGGUAUCAGCGAUGGUAAGAAGAAACUGUUUGCUGCUGAGAAACCCACAACUCCAUCGCCAUCGACCGAAGAGGAGCCUGUCACAGAUUCCCAGAGACCAGUGGAUGAGAAGGAGACGGAGGAACCAACAAAGGAAACCGACGCAUCAACCGAAGUGCCGCAGCUGGGAGAGGGAGAUAUCCCAUCAGCAACAUCUGUCCCAUCUGCUGAGGACAUCGAAAAGGAGGAAGAGGACAAGUCCGACUCCACCACUGUUGCCCCUGCCAAGCAGGAAGAUGAAGAACUCACCCCAGCCGUUACUCCUGCCGCAACCGAAACAUCCGAUAAGGAGCCCUCUGUGGACUCUACCACCGUCGCCCCCGCCAAGGAGGAAGAAGAAGAUCUCGCGGCAAGCGCUACUCCUGCCACAGGAAUCAAGGAAACAUCCGAAAAGGAGCCCUCUGUGGACUCUACCACUGUUGCGCCUGCCAAGGAGGAUGAUCAAGAUCUCACGGCAAGCGCUACUCCUGCCACAGACGCCAAGGAACCAUCCGAAAAGGAGCCCUCUGUGGACUCUACCACUGUUGUCCCUGCCAAGGAGGAUGAUGAAGAUCUCGCGGCAAGCGCUACUCCUGCUACAGACGUCAAGGAACCAUCCGAAAAAGAGCCCUCUGUGGAUGCGCAGGAAGUUGAGUCAACCACAAAGCCUCCUACCGAUGCUUCCGACGAACAGCCAAUCGAUGAGGCAGCUUCCCCGACAUCCGCCCCCACUGUGGACGAAUCUGAGCAACCAACGACCUCCCCAGCCACUUCCGUCAAGGAAGAAGCCAGCACACCAGCUGCCGAGAAGGUGCCAGAGGAUGAGCUGGACGUCACCACCAUUGCCAGCCCAGCUGUGUCCGACGUUAAGCAGGAUGACACCAAGGAUACGACAGCCACCACUGUGUCACCACUCAUCGAUGAGAAGGAAGAAGCUGUCACUCCCACUGCCCAGAACGAUUCCAAGACACCAAUUGAUGUCUCCACAGUAUCGCCCUCUUCCGAUGCAGAGCACGACCAAACAGAAGCACCACUUGAUGCCUCAACCGCAGCUCCAGCCAUACCUGAAACUGAUUCUACUGCUGCUCCAGUCGAUGUGCCUUCUGCUGAGGAGAUCGACACGAAGCCAAUGGAAGAUGUCAUGUCCCAGACUGCCGCUCCUGCUAAAGAGGAUGACCAGACUCCAGUUACAGUCGCCCCUGUGGAUCACGAUGUUGAGCCCAGCAGCGAAGCUAGCGAGCAGCCUCCUGUCUCCGAAGAUGUGGGAGAAGAGAGUACCGAGCCAGCUAGCAGCGAUGCUGAGCAUACCACUGAUCAGUCUCCAGCUGGUGCCAAGCUGAAGCCACCUACUGCCACUACAACUUCGGAGGCAACCCCAUCUGAGGCCGCCGUCACGGAAGCUGAUAUUGUGCCGGAAACCGCAUCACCGGAGCUGGAGAAAGAAGUACCCGAGAAGUCCACUGAACUGCCCCAAUCGGUAGUGCCCUCAAGCGAGGACAAGACCACGGCAGCUCCAGCGGUCAAGCCAAGCUUGGACUCCACUGAGGAAGGCGACGAGUCGGUUGAAUCCGAGGAAGUCACAGAAGCGGCCGAGAAGGAGGGCGAGGACAAGGAAUCGGAGGAGACCGGCGAUGAGGCUAACAAGAAGCCCGAAACCGAAGAGCCUGAAGUGCCCGCCGUUGUGUCAGAGAUUCCCCAGAGCACGACCACACCUUCUGCCCAGGAUGAGACAUCGUCAGAGACCUCCAGCGAGGAAGUUGCCACGGAGCAAGCAGAUAUCGCCACAAUCGUCACCACAAUGCACCCACUGUUCGCGCACCUCCCAAGCUCCACCAAGAGUCCAGUAAUCGGCGAUCGAGUGGGCGAGGAAGAAGCAACCGAGGCUUCUACUGCCAAGCAGAGCACUGAGGCGCCAACUACCAGCACCACAUCCUCAACGACAGCAGCCAGUCCCAUUACACAACCGCCCUACGGUCAUGCUCCCGAGUACGAAGACGAGUACGACGAUGAGGAUGUGUUCGGUCCUGGCACCUGUCGCUAUGCUGGCAAACUUUACGUUUCCGCCCAGCAAAUCCCACGUGACGAUCCUUGCGACUUCUGCUUCUGCUUCAGAAGCGACAUCAUCUGUCUGCAGCAGUCUUGCCCGCCUCCGAUUGCCGGCUGCCACGAGGAGCCCAUCUCAGGCUUCUGCUGCCCGCGCUACGAGUGCCCCGUCUCAAUGGCCGCUGUGCUCAACGUCACGACGAGCACGACAACCACCAGCACCACUCUGCCCCCGCUAUUCACAGGCUUCACCCAGAGUUCCGCUGUGAUUAACGAGGGCUGCCUCAUAGACAACCGUACAUACGAGGUUGGCCAGGUCAUCGAGUCGAAGACUGGUCCUUGCAUGCGCUGCACUUGCGGCGGCGACGGCCAGAUGCAGUGCGAUCCACAGCAGUGCAUUCCCGGUCCAACUAUGCAGCAAAUAAUGGCCACCACCGCGGCGGGCCGCAAGAGAUGAACCACCAACAGCCAUGCUCACUAAAUAUAAUUUUAACUAAUGUUUAAGCACUGCAGACAAACAAUCACAUCACAAACAGACAAACCAACCGACCCAGAUUGCACCCACGGAUCGAUCAAAAGCAAUAGAACACAAUUCGAAUAGAUCAACAAGACUAGGAACAGAACCAGAACCAGAACAAGAAUCAGAAUCAGAACCUUAUCAGAACGUAUGUAUGUAUGUAUACCUAGUAGGUGCCAAAACUAAUGAAGGACACUGGACCGGGUGAUCAGAUCAAUAUCAGAUCGGAUCGUAUGCAAUAGGAAUAAUUUUGGUUCACCGAUAUUCGCACUCUUUCAAUUGAAUUACGCCAAUUUGUUUCGGAUUAGGUUAUGGUGACGAAGCAAACAGUGAUAUUGUACUGUAUACAUAGUAUAGGUGCAAUUAAUUUAGAACGCGCUCACUUAAAAUGAAUUACUUAUGUAUUUGUACUUGUAUUUGUAACCCCCUAGUGACAGCCCAUAGCAACCAACGUCGCGCGUGCCUUGUAAAGUCGUUCAUUGUGCCCGCCGCCAUAUACAAAUCGCUUUCAGGAGACUCUCAACACAAUGCAAAAGCUAAAGCAAAGCCCCCAACAUCCAUCCAUCAGAUAACACCCCAGAGAUAUUGUACUUCUGGCGCUCCCACACAAUCAAUGGCGUUACGAAGAGCCACGGCAUUUGGCUACUGAACAACCGUUUCUUUUUGUUUGUUUUUUAAUAGCAAUAUUGUACUUCUUUUCAAUGCGCUUUUAUAGUAUUUUAGUCACUUUAUUUUAAACAUUAUUAUUUUUUGUGUAUAAUUGUUGCUUCUAGUCUUCUUUUGUUGCAAGAACAACGAAAUCCGCCUGUAACACGCGCACAAUGAGAUCAAAUCAGAUCAGAUCAGUUGAAUUGAGUUGAGUUGAGUUGAGAAAUUGUAUCUUCUAUAAACUAUUCCAAGCUUUUAUACUUUUAUAUACAAUACGUGUAAAAUGGAGAAACGAACGAACUAGUUUUUAUAGCAAUUUUACAAACGAACCACGAAUUGCAUAGUUUUAACGGAUUGAAAUGAAUUUGUACUUCGCCUCAAUGCAUUUGCACUCCGCACUGAACACUGCACAUGCAAAUGCAUCUGUGGCAGUAACAAUGGUAGUCUACAUAGAAUUUUUUAGAUCAACUGAAGACGGAAACUAAAAUAUGGAAACAUACGAACAAACUGUCGGCUAUCGCUAUUGCUCGACUGACUGAAAAUAACAAACAUAGUAGAGGACAUUGACGUAGCAGUUAACUUUGUAAACUAUUUUUUUAAACUAUCAGCAUGCCGCGCUGAUAUUUACACAUUGGUCGUAGAAUAGUAACAACACAUUUGAAUUUUCAGUCACUUGAGCUCUAGAAAUACGCUGUGAACCAAUAGCGUUCCCAAUAACGCUGAAUAAUCACGAACAUCAAUUAGAUUUAUAUAAUCUCUAAAUAUAGUUGU